UCAUUUCCUGUUCCUUAAACACGGAUCCGUAGUGACAGCAAAAUAACAAUACAUUCUCUCAACUAUCCCUUUCCUCCCCAAAAUGUCUAAACUACAGCAGAUCAAUGUAUUUCUCAACGAAAAAUUAACAGCAGUUCCUUUGGAGAUAUCCGUGUUAGUAAAAAAAACGAUCGCAGAGCACCAGGAAGAAAUCUCCCGUUUGAAACGGGUGAAUGCACGUCUACGAAGACUGCUGGAUUUGGUUUUCAAACCAGAGAUAAAGUUGCAUAGAUUAGCAGACCUCCAGCUGCUCACUCUCACUGAAGAGGAGGUUAACCCUGAGCAGCAGCACCGUGAGCAGGAAUGGAGCGCCAAUCUGGGGCUGCAGGAGUCUGAUGCUGAAGAGUCUAUAUGGAACUCUAUCAACAUAACUGUAGAGAACCGCACAGAAUCUGAUGGCGAGAGCUACAACGAGUCCGAAUCAACCAGUGACUAUGAGCCCCCCUCUGACAGUGACAACAGUGAAAGUGAUCAUGUACAUAUGGACAAUAGAAUACGAUUGCCAGGGUUAAAGCCUCUUAAAUCAAAGCGAGGAAGAGGACGGCCAAGGAAAGAAACUGGGGCGUUGCCUGAUUUAAAAUGUGAUGUGUGCAUAAAAUGUUUUGCGACAGCAAGUGGUCUGAGAAGGCAUCUGCAAAAUUGGCACAGUGAAGAGAGACCAAUAGGACUGCCAAGGAAAGAAACCAACCACCAGAAGCUCACGCUCACUGAAGAGGAGGUUAACCCUGAGCAGCAGCACUGUGAGCAGGAAUGGAGCGCCAGCCUGAGGCCGCAGGAGUCUGAUGUUGAAGAGUCUAUAUGGAACUCUAUCAACAUUAUAACCGUAGAGAACCGGACAGAAUCUGAUGGCGAGAGCUAUGGCGAGUCCGAAUCAACCAGUGACUAUGAGCCCCCCUCUGACAGUGACAACAGUGAAAGUGAUCAUGUAAAUGUGGAGAAUAGAUUACGAUUGUCAGGGUUACAGCCUCUUAAAUCAAAGAGAGGAAGAGGACAGCCAAGGAAAGAAACCAGGGCAUUGCCUGAUCUGAAAUGUGAUGUGUGCGGAAAAUGCUUGGCGACAGCACGUAGUCUGAAAAGGCAUCACCAAAAUCGGCAUCUUGAGGAGAGACCAAGAGGAAGGCCAAGGAAAGAAACCAGUGAGUUUCCUGAUCUGAAAUGUGACGUUUGCGGGAAAUGCUUUGUGACAAGAGGUGGUCUACGAAUGCAUGAGAAAAAUAGGCACAGUGAAGAGCGACCAUACAUGUGCGACAUAUGUGGCCAAGGUUUUGUCCUGAACUGCUACCUGAUCCGACACAUGAAGACUCACACUGAGGAGGGACAACAUUGCUGCACCGUAUGUGGUAAAUGUUUCAAUCACAAGAAUAACUUGAAAAAUCAUAUGGGUACUCAUACAGGGACGGCUUUUAAAUGUGAUUUGUGUGGAAAAUGCUUGACAACUAAAGGAAGUCUGAAACAGCAUCAGCAAAAUCACACUGGGGAGAAAUUGUAUCCGUGUAAAGAAUGUGACAAAUCCUUCAGCAUUAAGGGAAGCCUGAUAUUGCAUAUGAGGACUCAUACAGGGGAGAAACCAUUUCGAUGCAAAGAAUGUGGGAAGUGCUUCAGCGACAAGGGAACCCUUACAAAGCAUAUGAUGACUCACACAGAGGAGAAACCACAUAGCUGCAACAAAUGUGGCAAAUGCUUCAGUCUAAAGGGAAACCUGACAGUGCAUAUGAAGGUUCAUACAGGGGAGGGCGUUCAAUGUCAUUUGUGUGGAACUCACUUGAAGUUAGCAUCAAGUCUGAAGAGACAUCUGCGGACUCACAAAAUAAAUUCACAAUGACUAAGAACACAUAACAAUGCCCUUUGUGUAAAAUGUGUUGCAUGGAAGAGACUACACUGCUCAAAAAAAAUAAAGGGAACACUUAAACAACACAAUGUAACUCCAAGUCAAUCACACUUCUGUGAAAUCAAACUGUCUACUUAGGAAGCAACACUGAUUGACAAUAAAUUUCACAUGCUGUUGUGCAAAUGGAAUAGACAAAAGGUGGAAAUUAUAGGCAAUUAGCAAGACACCCCCAAUAAAGGAAUGGUUCUGCAGGUGGUGACCACAGACCACUUCUCAGUUCCUAUGCUUCCUGGCUGAUGUUUUAGUCACUUUUGAAUGCUGGCGGUGCUUUCACUCUAGUGGUAGCAUGAGACGGAGUCUACAACCCACGCAAGUGGCUCAGGUAGUGCAGUUCAUCCAGGAUGGCACAUCAAUGCGAGCUGUGGCAAAAAGGUUUGCUGUGUCUGUCAGCGUAGUGUCCAGAGCAUGGAGGCGCUACCAGGAGACAGGCCAGUACAUCAGGAGACGUGGAGGAGGCCGUAAGAGGGCAACAACCCAGCAGCAGGACCGCUACCUCCGCCUUUGUGCAAGGAGGGGCACUGCCAGAGCCCUGCAAAAUGACCUCCAGCAGGCCACAAAUGUGCAUUUUGGUCACUUUUGUGCAUUCAAAAGUGACCAAAACAUCAGCCAGGAAGCAUAGGAAUGCAUUUAGGUUAAUAGCUGGGUGAAAAAAAUACAAUUACCUUACAUUGAUGACUUUUGGCAAAUCCAAUCAGUUUUCCACAUUGAUUCAAUGUCAUCACAUUGAUUUGUUGCUGUUGAAAUUAUGUUUGAACAAAGUUGAUUCCACCAGUUUUUGUCCAAUAGGAUGUCACUAUAACUUUACCGGGUCACUUCUGGGACAAGCCAAUUUGCUUACUCUAAGUACUUUAAACAAUGCAUAAACCUAAAGUUUUGCAGUAUAAAUCACUAUCAUUGAUAAACAUUUAAAUAUAAGCAAAAACAUGUACAGUUGAAGUCGGAGGUUUACAUACACUUAGGUUGGAGUCAUUAAAACUCGUUUUUCAACCACUUCACAAAUUUCUUGUUAAUAAACUAUAGUUUUGCCAAGUCGGUUAGGACAUCUACUUUAUGCAUGACACAAGUCAUUUUUCCAACAAUUGUAUACAGACAGAUUAUUUCACUUAAUUCACUGUAUCACAAUUCCAGUGGGUCAGACGUUUACAUACACUAAGUUGACUGUGCCUUUGAACAGCUUGGAAAAUUCCAGAAAAUGAUGUCAUGGCUUUAGAAGCUUCUGAUAGGCUAAUUGACAUAAUUUGAGUCCAUUGGAGGUGUACCUGUUGAUGUAUUUCAAGGCCUACCUUUAAACUCAGUGCCUCUUUUCUUGACAUGGAAAAAUCAAAAGAAAUCAGCCAAGACCUCAGAAAAAGAAUUGUAGACCUCCACAAGUCUGGUUCAUCCUUGGGAGCAAUUUCCAAACGACUGAAGGUACCACGUUAAUCUGUACAAACAAUAGUACAAAAGUAUAAACACCAUGGGACCACGCAGCCGUCAUACUGCUCAGGAAGGAGACGCGUUCUGUCUCCUAGAGAUGAACGUACUUUGGUGCGAAAAGUGCAACAGAACAACAGCAAAGGACCUUGUGAAGAUGUUGGAGGAAACGGGUACAAAAGUAUCUAUAUCCACAGUAAAACGAGUCCUAUAUCAACAUAACCUGAAAGGUCGCUAAGCAAGGAAGAAGCCACUGCUCCAAAACCCCCAUAAAAAAGCCAGACUACGAUUUGCAACUGCACAUAGGGCAAAGAUCGUACUUUUUGGAGAAAUGUCCUCUGGUCUGAUGAAACAGAAAUAGAACUGUUUGGCCAUAAUGACCAUCAUUAUGUUUGGAGGAAAAAGGCGGAAGAACACCAUCCCAACCGUGAAGCACGGGGGUGGCAGCAUCAUGUUGUGGGGGUGAUUUGCUGCAGGAGGGACUGGGGCACUUCACAAAAUAGAUGGCAUCAUGAGGAUGGAAAAUUAUGUGGAUAAAUUGAAGCAACAUCUCAAGACAUCAGUCAGGAAGUUAAAGCUUGGUCGCAAAUGGGUCUUCCAAAUGGACAGUGACCCUUAGCAUACUUCCAAAGUUGUGGCAAAAUGGCUUAAGGACAACAAAGUCAAGGUAUUGGAGUGGCCAUCACAAAGCCCUGACCUCAAUCCUAUAGAAAAUGUGUGGGCAGAACUGAAAAAGCGUGUGCGAGCAAGGAGGCCUACAAACCUGACUCAGUUAAACCAACUCUGUCAGGAGGAAUGGGCCAAAAUUCACCCAACUUAUUGUGGGAAGCUUGUGGAAGGCUACCCAAAACGUUUGACCCAAAUUAAACAAUUUAAAGGCAAUGCUACCAAAUACUAAUUGAGUGUAUGUACACUUCUGACCCACUGGGAAUGUGAUGAAAGAAAUAAAAGCUGAAAUAAAUCACUCUCUACAAUUAUUCUGACAUUUCACAUUCUUAAAAUAAAGUGGUGAUCCUAACUGACCUAAAACAGGGCAUUUUUACUAGGAUUAAAUGUCAGGAAUUGUGAAAAACUGAGUUUUAACGUAUUUGGCUAAGGUGUAUGUAAAUUUCCGACUUCAACUGUAUGACAUUUCAACUGUAUGACUAUUUGUCAUUUUUAAAUAUUUUUUUUAUGGUUGCAAAGGUGAAGGACUCAAAUGCCACUGCAACUUAUGAACGACCCAAUUUAUGAUUUAAUUGUGAGCUAAGCACAACUAUUUUCCACUGUUAUAAUCCAAAAUUAUAACUCCGAUAUUAUUACUCUGCAGUACACAAACAAAAAUAAUGACCUUUCCUGUCCGUGUAUAUCAUAUCAUACACAUUUCCAAAUGGAUCUUGCGCGAUAUCUGGACUAUGGAUCGGACAAUUUUUCCUCCACUUUCUUUUUGCUGAACAAAUUGCUUAUUCUGUUCUGCAUCUUCUGGACUAAUCAAACUGAUGACAUGUCGUUUUCUACUUUCAUUUUAAAUAGCUAGCCUGUGGGUGUGUUGUCUUCACUUGAUCAUUGUGUUGUAAGGAAUAAUUUUCGCAAAUUGUAGGCUAGUGUAUUUGAGGUUUAAAGAUGCUUCUAGGAUUUGUGAUUUGACUUUAAAAUGUCAGACUUGAUUUUCCCUAACGAAUAAUGUGUCAACUCCUACGGAGAUUUCCAUUAAUUAUUAUACACAUAAUGUUUCACUUGUCCUAUUGCAGCAGGAUUAUUUUCCCGCUGUGAGAAACGGGGGCGAAUUAGGAAAAUUGAUCUGUAUGUAGCAGCCCCAUUAUCGUUAUGGUGGUUAUUAGUUAACAUCUGGUCUAGGCCUAUACGACCACGUUUUGAAUGGAUUUCUGUUUUUUUAUAUUUUAUCUCCCUAAUAUAGGCAGGUUAUGGGGAUAUCUGGGGAUAUUCUGAUGAAAUUGAUUUAAUGGAUUAUGUAAUCUGAAGGGAAUAGUUUAAUUUGGAGGGGAUACUGUAUACGUCUACUAUCCUUUUCGUUGUUGUUCUCGAUUGUUGGUAUUACUGUCAGUUAAUGUUUUUCCGAUAUUGACAUCCUUGGUUGGUUUCUGUGUUUUGAAUUGUUAGUGAUGGUCUCUUUUUUUGCCAGUUGCUCUUUUUUUCGUUUUGUUCUACUUUUCUAGUUAUUGGCCAGUAUUUUUGUUUAGUUGCUUCUAUCAGCUAUCUAGGCCAGGGGUUCUUAAACUUUUUCAGCCUGGGACCCAAAUUAGAAAUUCUGUGUUUUCCUGGGACCCAAGUUUAUGAAAACAUGCAACUAUACGUAAAUAUGGGUACAUUACAUUGCCCUUAUGCCUAAAACAAAAUGCAAUAUAGAAAAAAACAAAUAACAAUGAAAUUAAAUAUCCAUAUACAUAUCUAUUAAUGUUUAUUUUCCCCCAUUAAAAACACUCUUACAUAUCAGUCUAUGUUGGAAUUGUUGCUGUUAAAAUACAAAUAAAUCAUUUUUAUUCUGAA